UUGAUCGCAAGUAGGGAGCCUUCGCACGCCGGAUGCGUCCGAAGGCUCCCUAUUCGCGCGCUGUCACUGCAGCGUAGCAUGGAUGUAUCGUCACGUGCUCUCGGAAACCGAUUCCAGCGGCGGGUGGGCAGGUCGGAGGCCAGGGGAGUCGGCAGCCAGCAGGCCCGGGGUCGAGGCCCCAGCGCGGAGCCGCGGCGCGUUCCCCCCGCGCGCGUGGCGACGUUUUCCGGUCGUCCUUGGGGGCCUCGUGGGGUCGCCGGGCUCUGCGGCUUGGCGACUCCCCGGGCCCACUUGUGCGGCGGCGGCCACACAGCCCGCAAUCGAUAUCGAGCGGCGAGAGCGCGGCCAGACUGGUCCGAGACGCAAUCACCGCGGCCCCUGUCGCCGAGCGCGGGCACGAGGCGUCGUGGCGGCGGCGGGGGGCCUCGCCCCGGGCGCAACACGGCCAAUGGGCAGGCGCGUCGACGUCGGCCGUCCUCCGGUCGAGCCCGCCCCCCGGAAGCCGCGGCGGCGGGGGAGGGGCCUGGUGGCGGCCAGCGCGGCGAGCUCGGCGUCCGCGCGGACGCCCUGGCGACAGCGCGGCUGCCCGGACGUUCGUGUGCCCGAUUCUCGGUCGGGGGAGGAGUUGCCUUCCUGGGUUGCACAGGGGCGCCACGAGCGGACCCUGCCCCGGCGGCAGUGGCCGCCGAUACGGCCGGCCCAAGCCCCGCUGCUGCGGCUCUAUGGUGGCCGCGGCCCCGCUCGCCGCGCAAAUGGACCCUGGCGACCCCGGCCGCGAGAUCCAGCCCCAUGUCGGCGAGGGCCAAGGACUUCUCCAUCGACGCGCUCAUCGCCGGCAGCCGCAGGCCGCCACGCCCGGACAGCGCCAACGACUUCUCGGACGGCGACGCGCCGCCGGACGCGGACCCCGCCGAAAAUGUCGGAGAGCGAGGCAGCCCCGGGUUCGGGCGGCACCAGCAGCGGUUGCUGGCGUCGUCCCCGGGGGGCCACGCGGCCGUGUCCAGCCUCAAGUUCCUGGGGCGCUUCGGCGGACACGCGCAGCCGGCCGAGUCCUCGCCGCCCUCCAGCGCGUCCUCGCUCGGCGAAGACGACCUGCAGCGGCCGGAGACGCCGUGCGGCUCCGUCGAGUCCUUUCCGACCGGCCAAGGUGGCUCGUCGGCCGACGGCGGACGCCUCGCCUCCCAGGCGGCGGACGCCUCGAGCGACGCCUCGAGCGCGGCGGCGUCUCCGACUGGGACCGCCGGCUCCGGCAAGCACAGAGAAGGCGGCGCGAGCACCAACAAGGGCUCCUCCGGCAGGCUGGAGAACCCGCAGAUACUGCCACGGUGCAACAGCGAAGAACUGAGGAGCGCUGACGCCCACCUGGAGACCAAGGACCUCUGGGAGAAGUUCCACGAGCUUGGCACCGAGAUGAUCAUCACCAAGACCGGAAGACGGAUGUUCCCCACAUUGCGAGUUUCCUUCAACGGCCUGCAGCCCGAGGGCCGGUACGUGGUACUCCUGGACAUCGUGCCCGUGGACAACAAGAGGUACCGGUACGCGUACCACCGGUCCUCCUGGCUCGUGGCGGGAAAAGCCGACCCGCCGUCUCCGGGUCGCUUCUACGCCCACCCGGACUGUCCCUUCACGGGGGAUCAGCUGCGCAAGCAGGUCGUCUCCUUCGAGAAGGUCAAGCUCACCAACAACGAGAUGGACAAACAGGGACAUAUCGUGCUGAAUUCGAUGCACAAGUACCAGCCCCGGAUCCAUCUGGUCAAGCUUCGCCCCGACUGCUGCUCAAACCCGCCGGUCAUAACUGAUCUCGAAGCGGAGCAAUUUCGAACGUACAUCUUCCCGGAGACAGUCUUCACCGCCGUCACAGCGUACCAAAAUCAACUAAUAACAAAACUGAAAAUAGACAGCAAUCCUUUCGCCAAGGGCUUCAGAGAUUCUUCCAGGCUAACGGACUUAGAAGGGGAGUCUGUGGAAACCCUGCUACGAGAGCACGCUUUCCGGCAUUCCCCCUUCCGAGCUUUCAUGACUGGAGAUCUUCCGCCUGAGCAUCAGUUCUUGGCUUCUGCUGGAGCGCUGGGGCGGCUUCCUCCAGGCAGCGAGCUCCUGUUCCUGGCCAACGGCGCCGCGUCGUCGCCGUGGAAGAUGCCCACCUUGCCCAUGGCCAUGGCGGACCUGAGCGCGCUCAUGAGCGCGCAGCAGCAGCAGCAGCAGCUGCACAACUUCCCCGGUUUCUACUUCGGCUUCCCGCGGGCGCUGUUCCCGCACUUCCCGGUGGCCAGCCCAGCUCCGCCGCCGGCCCGGUCUCCGUGUUCGGCGGCCGGCGGCGGCUCGUCGUCGCCCACGCCCGCGUCGCCUGGCAGGCCGGGCCCUGUGCCGAGCGCGGGUUCGCCGGGCCCCCCGUCGGGCCCACCGCCGUCGGCGGCGACCACAGCAGCCGCGGCGCUGUACUCGACGCGGGCCGUCUACCCGGGACUUAAAUACCACCCCUACUUCCACCCCAGGUUGCUGCAUUCAGCCGCGCCCCGGGAGGGCAGUCCGGUCGAGUACGACAGCAUCGCGCCGCAAGUGUGAACCCGAACUGCGUGCGUGUGCCCGGUGCGCGAGUGCAAUGGACAGUUCCACAGAUUGUAUAGUCAGAGCCAUGGUCACGCUUCUCUUUUCACCGUCUCCCACGCACCUUGUUCGCCGUGGAUUUUUUUCAGCCCAUUUUUUACUACGGGCACGGCUGGCAAGCUGCUCUGGACCACGGCGAUCCGCGGCGAUAGCGUUUGUAUUCUAGGACGACGGCGAGAGUUCCCUCGCCACAUUUUCAUUUGCCGUCGAUUCUGGGGUACGGUCAUGUUCAAACCUCCACUCGCGCUGGUGGUUCCCUAGCCCAGCAGACAAGGAGGCACAGUUACGGGACCUGCACCUGUUCUUUGAAUCAAACACACGAACCCACAACAGUGGCCGAGCACUUUCUAUUCGGAGCGUAACCAAUACCCAAGCAUUCUUGACACGGGCCGUGUUUAUAUUAAGAGCACAAUCAUCCGCAUCUCUGCUUAACCAAAAGCCCGUCACAGGGAAAAUAACAAUGCUUGAAAGAACAUUCACCAGGUCAAGCAAUGGACCUUUCUAAAUUAAGAAGUAAUCUCGCGCCACGCGCUCCAAACUGUUUUGGAGGCAAGCGGCCCCCAGAGUGGAGUAGUGACGAGGUUAUUUUGGAUACAUAUACUUGCUUGCAGGUGGCAAGUCUAAAAUCAUUCAGUAUAAUAUUUGUCUUGCGCAGUAGACAUCGAUCUACGUUUGCCGCGUGCGCAUGAGAUCUUACGUGAUGAAUGAGAUGUUCUGGAUAGCACAUAUCAAAAACAGGAGACGAUGACGCUGCACUCCCAGCUCUAAGGGCAACAAGCAUAAAAAUAUCUGCUUCAGCUGCCUCCAAAACAUGUGCAGCCGUUGGCUGCUAGGUAGAAAGAGCGUGCGCAGGCACAGGGCUCUUCUUGGACCAAGUCCAUUGACCACACCUGUCCGCCAAUCCCGAAUAAACAUUUGUUGGCGGGAUAGAAGCGCCGAAGGACAGAGACUAAGUGAAGAAGGUGACGACAAGACCGGGGGAGGGGGGGGGGGGGGGGGGGGUGAGGUGGCAGAUGGACUUAUCGUCACCUUCUUCACUUUGUCCCUGUCCUUCGGCGUUUCUAUCCAGUCAUGAACCAACUAGCCCAACUCAACUUUUUGUCGCAUUUGUUCGCGUGCCGCACUGAAAAGGCGUCGGGACGAGUCUGUGCUAACGAGAUGUGUAUGCGUUGUCAACACGAGCACGUUUGUUAAUUGUUGGCGCUGCUUGUACUCAAAAAUCAUUAGAAUAUGUUUGUCCUUUGUUGGCGGACAGAGUUGGCCUUGUGUGAAUGUGCCUUCAAACCUUUCGGCCCAACCAUAAAUUACAUUGAUUCAAAGUACCAUACUGCUAAUUGCAGUGCUAAUUGCAGUGCUAAUGCAUUGAUCAUGCUCAAAAGUAAACGUACUGAAAAAAAUUAGUUCAGUAGGGACAUCCGAGAACCCGAAGUCAGGGACGUCAGAAGUGUUGGGGUAAAUAGGAGGGGGGGGGGGGGGGGGGGCACUGUUUUUUCCCCUGAAUUUCUUACUAGAAAUUACUAAAAGUUUGGAGAAGCGAUCGCCCCCCCCCCCCCCCCUCCCCUUCCCCCCUGUUCUGACGCCACUGCCGGGAAUUGUUUACCACAGAACCACAGAACAAAAAAUCUGCCACCUCCCACUUAGAGUUAUAUUCACUGAUUUUUGUUUUCCUCCGUUAAGAGGGUAUAUGAUGAAUUCAUUUCUUUCUCUGCCAGCAAACUAAUAGGCCUAUUUAUACGAGGGGACACUAUCUCCACGUGUUUUUCCGACUGCGGUAAAGUUCACGGAAUCGUCCCAAUGCAUUUCACUAUUGGAUAUUUAAUCUAUUCCCAACUCGGGGACAAGACAUACAAAUACAUUGUAGAAAGGGGACUUCCAUUCUGUCCUAAUCUAUAAUUUCAUACUACUUUAGACACUUGAUUCUCGCGUUCUGAGCUCUUGGAUUCGUAUAUGCAAUUGAAAAAAAAAAGCACGAUAAAGACCCUCUCAAUCUUCCUGAUGGAAAUAGGCAACUCUCUACAAAUACUGUUCUAAAACUCGUUGCAAGAUAAUUUAAAAGGUCGUAUUCUUAUAAAUAUCAGGAGCUACUAAUAUUAAAAGAUACCGUAUUCUUUAUCAACAGCGUAUCAGCGAGGGAAGUCAUGUUAAUAAAGCGAUACAUGGAUUGUUUCAGCUGUAGGUCUUGGUUCAUAUGAGGUAUUUUAAGAUUCUCACUAGGUACCAGACAGACCUAUUCCAAGUCCCGUGUGCAGAAAAGAUGUUCUUAUUUGGUGUCUGCAUGUGAAUUCAGCGGAUGUCUUAUUCAGAACUUGGCUGAUCUUUAAUGACGGUUCUUGAAGCAAUGUCAUAUGCAUAGGUGCUAAGGAUCUUGUUUGUGUGAUUUACAAACGGUAAAUUAAAGGGUUUCUUUCACUAGUCAACACCGUGUCGCAUAGAAUAUGCACCACUCAUAAACCUCCUUUAAUAAAUUUUUUGUUUUGUUUUUUGUGUAAUCUUCACAAAUUUUUUUUAGACUGCUUCAAGCAAAUUCACCAUUUCCUUUCUUGAUGGAACUGGCAGAAGUAGUGGAGAGAUUCCUUUGUCUCAAUCAGAAUGUUAAGCUUAUGAUUGAAUAAUAAAAAUAUAAUUCAAUUAGUCCCAUUAACUUCAAUUCCCUCUCUGCUUGUGUAGUUUAUAUAAAUUUGACAGAAAAUGAAAAUGUUAUAGGGACAUACAGCCGCCAGUGAUAUGAAAAGAAAUAGUCAAGAGUAUUAUUCGGGGCAGAACUUGAUUUUUUUCAUUAGUGCUCACUAAGCGUGAUUACAAAGGAUAUUAUUGUUCGCAGAUUGGUUCAGCAUUGAAAGUGAUCUCAUUAUUAACAUCUUUGGCUGGAACUGAUUUGUCAGCACUUUAACUUUAAAUUUAUAUUGUGUGGUUGUGUGCAAGGAAGCACUGGAAAAUCUUUGGAACACACCAAGAUCCAGUCUCUUCAGCUUUUGUGCGAUUAUAUGUACAUACGUAUAUGGGAAAACACGAAGUGCAAAGCAAACACGAUCUGUAAAUAUUUUUUUUCAUACUGUCGCCGAGUGGCUUCAAAGCCAGAAUGUUCUGUGUUCUCUAAACUGUCGGCGACGGUGGGUGCAUUUGUAAAAUAUAUUUUGUGUAGUGUUCCUAACUGUGCUGUUCUUUCCGGCUUGUGAUCUACAGGAAAGACAUGGUACAGUUCGUAACAAUAGGGUGCACCACCUAAUACCAUCUGAGCGCAAUUGUAAACAGUGUGAAUAUGUGAGCCUGUAUCCCUAGGGAUUUGUUUUACAUCAACAGGCUGCAAUUAUCAUAAAAAGAAAACUAAUAGAGCAAGAAUGAAGACAAACAUGUUCACAGAGUCUUUGGUACUGUGUAGCCAGACCAGUGCCCCAGGAAUAUCAAAGGAAAUGUCCGCCAUGUAAUUAGUUCUAAAAUAAGGAAUUCUAUGUUUAUUCUUUAUUUCAAAACUGCAAAUCCGCUAACUUUUAUACCAAUGUUGCUAAGUAAACUGUGACAACUAGGGUACUUGAUAAUGAAUUAGGAGAAAUAGAUUUUGUUAGCAUAUAUUCCGUGUACCAAAAAUAUUCAGGGAAUGCGGUUUUUGGUUCUUGUCCAUGUUAAAUGCAGGCAUUUCUUAGGUAUCUGUUGACAACAGAGCAAAACCAAUGUGACAUGAAACAAAUAAAAAUUCCAGGGCUUUUCCUC